ACCCAUGGAGGAGAGAAUGAAAUUUGAGACCUUACUGUGUCCCUUAGACUUUAUCUUUAUUACAAUUUUUUAUACUAUUUUUUUAAACCUAAAAUUGUGUAGGAAUUUUACUCCUAUUUUACCCUGGCACAUAACCACCAGCGAAUUGUUGUAACAGGCAAGGAGCUAUGAGAGCCCCAGCACUAGUUUCCCUGCAGGACUUUGGAGUUCUUCUCAGGUUUGGCAUCCAGCAGGACCAGCUCCUUGCUGGGAAGCCAUGAAUCGGGAAGAUCAGAGACAGGGAGGAGAAAUCAAUACAAACCUGUUCUCUAGGAGGGAGGUGGUUGGUUGGUCUGAUCUUGAGCGGUGUUAGAUGACCUGUUUUGAUCCAAACCAGGCAUCCAGGCCUGAGUCAAGCAAUUGAUCACAAGAUGUUUUUCCCGGUUGUGUGCUCUCUUGUGGUUGUGUGGCUGAUUUCUGGCUCAGAUGCACAGAGCUGUCCGGAACUUCCCUCCGUGGACUAUAGCAUAGUUGUUGCGAAGGAGGCGGAAGGACGCGUCCUGGGGACCUACACGUGCAUGCAGGGCUACCACCUGGAAGGAGAGAGCACUUUGUUUUGCAACGCCUCUGAGGGGUGGAAUGCCCCUACACCCAGGUGCCGCUUGGGCCACUGUCCCGACCCUAUGCUGCUGGAUGGCAAGUUUAGUUUCCAGUGGCCUGUGAAAAUGAGAGACAGAAUCACGUUCCGAUGCAAUGAGCACUACAUCCUCAAAGGCAGCAACUGGAGCCAGUGCCAUGAGGACCACACCUGGGUGCCUCCCUUUCCCAUCUGCAAAAGCAGAGACUGUGGCCCUCCUGGGAACCUAACUCAUGGCUAUUAUGAAGGAGCAGAUUUCAACUCAGGAUCUACCAUUACUUACCACUGUGAAGACAGGUACCGCUUAGUGGGCACACCGGAGCAGCGAUGCAUUGAUGGGGAAUGGAGCGGGGCACCUCCGGUCUGUGAACUGACCCCAGAAGCUCCCAAACCAGCCCCACAGACUGCGCAUGAGAAGGCACUGCUUGCCUUUCAAGAGAGUGAGGAACUUUGCAAAGCUGUAGAGAACUUUAUGCAAAGAUUAAAGGAAAAUGGCACAACAAUGGAAGAGCUAAAACGUUCUCUGGAAAGAAAGAAAGCUGAGUUGGAGGCAAAAAUAUUGUCCUGACAUUGUAGCUGAGUUGACUGGGUAAUGUCAAUACACCUAUAAAUAAAGUUUCCUCUUGGUUCUGAAA